AUGAAAUUACCUAAGCAAUACCAGACCUUAGUUGGUGAACGAGGAAUACACCUAAGUGGUGGAGAGAAACAGCGUGUUUGUUUGGCUCGUGCUCUGGUACGAAAUCCAAAAAUUCUGUUGUUGGAUGAAGCUACAAGUGCAUUAGAUAAUACCAACGAAAAAAUUGUACAAGAUGCACUGGAUCGAGCAUGCAAAGAUAAAAUUUGCGUUAUUCAAAAUGGUUCAAUUGUUGAACAAGGAACUCAUGAAACAUUAUUGAUGAAUCAUGAAGGACAAUAUUAUAAUCUGAUUCACACAAAUCAACUAUCACACGAAAGUGAUGAAGCUGAAAGCAUGAAUGAACAACAGCAGUUGAAUAAUAUCAUCAUAGAAGAUAAACAAAGGCUAUUAACUUCCUCAGAAGAAGAAAAAAUGACUCAAUUAAACGGUCAAUCGAACGAAAAAGCUUAUAGAGAAUGUGAUCCCGUGAAACGGCAACAUUUUAUCACAAUUAGCCUUUUGAUGUUUAUUAAACUCGGCGCUAUUUCAGUUGUAACAAGAUUUUUUCAGGUGUUUCUCUUCGCAUGUUCUGGCGAAGGCUUAACAAAACGUUUACGAACAAAAGCAUUUCGCAGUAUACUUUGUCAAGAAGUAGGAUGGUUUGAUAAGCAAGAAAAUAACACUGGUGCUUUGUGUACACGUUCGAGUGGUUGCGGAAAAUCAACAGUGAUUCAGUUGAUCGAACGCUUUUAUGAUGUUACGAAAGGUAGUUUGAUACUCAACGAUUGUGAUAUUCGUACACUUAAUUUACAAUGGUAUCGAUCUCAAAUUGGACUUGUCAGUCAAGAACCAGUUCUAUUUGACUUAUCAAUCAGAGAAAAUAUUGCCUACGGCGACCACUUGCGAGAAGUCACAUUCGACGAAAUAGUAAAUGCAGCAAUCCAGGCUAAUAUUCAUAAUUUUAUACAAACACUUCCUGAGGGUUACAAUACAAAUAUUGGUGCAAAAGGCGCACAACUAUCAGGUGGAGAAAAGCAGCGUAUUGCGAUCGCGCGUGCACUAAUACAAAAUCCCAGAAUACUUUUACUUGAUGAGCCAACAAGUGCAUUAGAUUAUGAAAACGAGAAAAUUGUUCAGCAGGCAAUUGAAAGUGUGCAAAUGAAUCGCACAACAAUCGUUGUUGCACACCGUUUAUCUACUGUACGAAAUGCCGAUUUAAUAUGUGUAAUGCAAAAUGGACGCAUUGUUGAACGUGGAAAGCAUGUUGAAUUGCUGAAGCAAAAAGGGAUUUAUUAUAGACUCUAUCAGAACAGUUGA